AUGGCGGUCACCCUUGAUAAUAUUCAAUUUUACCAUGGCCCGUCGAAGCCUACGAAGCGGCCUUAUUAUACCUUCAACAGUAACGAUGAUGGAAAUGGAACCAUGCCUUCGGUCUGUCCACCUGCAAUUGAAGAGAGAACAAUAUUUUUGGCAACAGACCAUCACAACUUUCUUCCAGCUACCCACUCAGAAGAAACCAUGAACCAGCAUACAGUACAAUCGUCGAACAUCUUUGAUCUCGAACUAGCGAAAACACGGGAAAUGGUAUCAUCAUCGCCGACACUUAACGAGACUGGCGAGCGUGGUGCCUGCUCUUCAAGGUCGACCUCUGUCCGUGAUCAUCAAGAACAUUCCAGGUCGUCGUCGCAUGGUCUAUGCAAAACGAUAGAGCCGGACUUCCCAGGCAUAUCUUCAAGAUCUUCUUCAGUCAGCCCUAGUCCAUCAUUACUCCAUGCGGACUCAGUAGGGGCUCCUCCCCCAUCCUCUACCAAUAUGAUUGAGGAGUCGUCAUCGUCACGCUCAACAAACAGUGGAGAAGUUUUCAAUAGGUGUGCUUCAUGCGACGAAGAAGGGUCAAGCAAUUUGCUCUCCAACGUCUCAUUACAGCCUAGUCUCACGUCCAAGGCGGCAAGCGAAAGAAGCACACCCGCUUUUGUGUUUCAAAGCAGCCCCAGUGACUGUCUGGUGGUCACUUCCGGGCCAAGUUCGGAGCCAAGUUCAGAUUCUUCAUCAACGGAAAUUGCCUUGUUCGGUAGUUCUGGACCGAAGAAUGCAGAUUAUGACAGCGCAUCUGACCUGGACUAUGCGGAGCAAGCAGCCAGGUGCGGGUCUGUGGGUUCUCAUUCAGAAAGAACAAGUGUCCAGAAGGAUUUCAUUCGAAGGCAUACACAAAGAGAAACCAAAAAGCGCUCUCCUGGUAGACGAGAGGACGCAGCUGGGAGGAGGCACACGUCUGUCGCUGUAGUGAUACCCCCGCCACGCCGACAUCAGUUAUGGAGCCUGCGCUCAAGCCCAGGGCAUAUUCCGCCAGACGAUAGUCAGAGCGAAAGCAGUGCAAAUAAUGAUGAUUCCGAUGAUGGGGAUUUUACGAUUGACACAGUCGUGUCACGAGUUUCGAAUAUUAAGGCUCACCGGUUGUCAAUGGAAAAAAGCCCUAGCUCAAUUCGAACUUCCUCGUGCCAAGCAGGACACACGUCUCAUAAUCAGUCGAUCUGCCCAGAGCCUACUUACUACUUAACUUUCAUGCCUGACAAUUUCAUGCCCGACAACCUCAACUUGAUGCCACCUGUGCCCACGCGGAGUCGUCGUGCCUCCAAUACGCCGACUAUAAUCAGCGAGCGGAGAACCAGAGGCUGUACAGCUCCCGUCAAAGGGCAACGUCGAUCAUAUUCGACCGACGAAGAAAAAUUGCUGGUGCAGUUGAAAGAGAGAGAAAAUCUUACAUGGAAAGAGAUCGCGACACACUUUCCUGGACGCAAGUGGUCUUCAUUGCAGGUCCACUACUCUACCAAACUGAAAGGUCGAAAUUCUAAUCGAAGAUAUGGACAAGGGCAGAAAAGAGUACGGCGCAAAAAACACCGAUGA